AUGCCUUCUGUCACCAAUGGAGAAGCGUUCACAAUCCUGCGCCCAUUCGCGCCUGAGAUAGGCGUGGAACGGCGAAGGAAACGGGGUAGGCCGACGAGGGAAGAGGCCGAGGAGCGCGACAGGAGGCUUGCAGCGGCUGGCCAAAUCUACGAGCCAAAGAAACGGUCAGCGAAGAAGGCCAGGCUUUCAGGCACACCCGGUUCGUUCACCGACCCUCGGCCUGGCACGUCCCCUGGUAUGGAGACUCCAUUGUCGCAGCAUGCCGAACACUUGGGGGAGGCUUCAGGCGGGAGGCGACGCCCAAAACAGCAACUCGAGAAGGAGGGUUCUCCCCGACACGCCGCCCCUCAAUCUCCGUUGGACGAUUCCGGCAAUGAAAGGAGUACCGAUGCCGCUCACAGUCCUUCAGACCGAUUGCUCUUGAGGUCCGGCGAACGCGCUCAAGCAGCGGCUCUCGUCUCCAGGUCUACAGGGGAGGCGCAAAGUUCCAGCUUUGAGCAAGCAGAACCGGAGCAGAAGCACGGUAAGAUACAGACCGGCUCGCCUUCGGUCUAA